GACGGUCGAUUUUGAGGUUAUGCUUUGCGCGUCGAGCAAUAUUACGAGUUAAUUGUGACAUAUGACAUAUUCAAUUAUUUAUUAUCGUAGACGAAUCGGAUUGUAGAAAAGUUUGUUUGUACAUAAGUUCGAGUAUUGUGAAAUAUUUUUAUGAAAACAAUAUGCAACAUACGGGAGACAAUGUUGGUGAAAAGAAAAAGGUUUGGACAGAGGAGGAGCGUUUGGAGCUUGCCGCGAAAUUGGACGCCGAAUUGGACGAGUACAUAAACAAUUUGGAGAAGAAGAGCUAUACGGAGGGAUGGCCGGAGGACCGAUGGCAGGAGGAGAUGGAGAAGCACCCUUUUUUCAUGAAGAAACCACCGGAAGCCGGUGACGAGUUGUCCCCCCUGAUGGAGGGACUGCAACAACUCAAGUAUGGAGAGGAUGACAACACUCCCGAGGAAUUGGCAAACAAUUACAAGGAGGAUGGAAACUUUAAUUAUAAGUAUAAAAAGUAUCGCCUUGCAAUUCUUAGCUACACAGAAGGAAUAAGAACCAAAUGCAAAAAUGAUGAUCUGAAGGCUCAACUUUACAAUAAUAGAGCUGCUGCGCAUUUUAUGUUGCAAAAUUAUAGAUCAUGCUUGAAUGACUGUAAAUUGGCUUUGAAGUUUAAGCCACAGUAUUUAAAGGCUUUGAGUAGAGCUAUCACUUGUAGUUUUCGCAUUAGAGAUUAUGACCAAUGUAUCGAUUUAUGUGACCAGUUCCUUGAUCACAAUCCAACUGACAAAACAAUAUUGAAAUUAAAGUCUGAUGCUAUAAUUGCAAGGGAGUGUUUACGAAGAGAUCAGAGGAAGCAAGAGAAAGCAGAGAAAAAAUUGGACAAGGAGGAGGAAAAAUUGUUAGAUACAAUUUCUCAAAGAGGUAUAAAUUUAGAAUUGACAAAUGAUAAACAAAAGCUUGAACUUAGAGAUCUAGAGCCUCAAGUACCACAAAUAGCACAAAGCAGAGUACACUUUGACGAGAGGGACAAGCUUGUGUGGCCUGUGAUGAUUUUAUAUCCAGAGACUCAGCAAACUGACUUUAUACAAAAUUUUCAUGAGGAUACAUUAUUAAUCGAACAGUUAGUUGAACUAUUUGAGGAACCUCCAGAGUGGGAUACAAAACGUCGUUAUACUAUAGAAAAUAUAAUUGUAUAUUUUGAAGGAAAAGAUAAAUGUUCCGUUCACAAAGUAGACACUCAACUCACAUUGGGCGAAAUAUUACAAGACAAGCAGUUCAUAGUUCGCGGUGGUACGCCGGCUUUCUUAAUCUUCGUAAAAUCAAGUGAAGCUGAGAAACAUUUCUUAGCAAACUAUUAAGUCUCUGUGUUAUUAAUUGUAUAAUGUGUUUUGUACAUACUGCAUAUAUAUUGUAUAUUAAUGAUGUCUUUUAUAGAUUUUUCUGUAAGUAUAUUUUUGAUGACAUACA